AUGAGCGAACAAGCAACUGGAAAACCUACUCCCUCAAAGACACGAAAAACGCCCUUAGUUGGCUCUUCCGAUAUAAGAGUUCCUCUGAAAGUAAACACUAGCAUUACUCACAUUAAUGGCAUACCCCAUCCAAUGGCUGCCUCACCUUCAUUCCGUAGAACCAUGGCACCCGGUGCAAGACAGUCUUGGAUUAUCGACAAGCAUCCUCCAGUUUCAGAGACUGAGAGCGUUGUGCAACCUACUCCAAUACUCGGUAUAGUAAAUAAUAGUGCAAAAUCACGGCUGUCUAUACUGGUGCAGAAUGGCUCUCAAUUUAGAGGUAUUACCAGUAUCAGCUCUAGCAGAUUAGCAGAAAGGGAGCGAGAAGCUGAUGAUACGACCGCGUUGGUCGACGAGAAAGUCGAAACUAAUGAACUCGAUAUAUCCGACAAGGUAGAAGAAACUGAAGAAACAACGUCAACAUCAACGAUGGUUCAAUCACCCGCUUCUGCAACCAGUCUGUUAUCUAGUACCCAAUAUUAUUAUAUGAACAAUGUUACUGAAGGUAAACCCAUGUCAGAAACUUUAAUAUCUCCCUCUUCGUCUAUGCCAUCGACAUUGUUGGGAGCGAGCACUCGAGGAAGUCUAUACUCGGACUCGGUAUCGAUAUUCAGUUCGUCACCAUCGAUAAAGACGCAAAAUGAGACAAACACGUACACGCAUAAAGAGUCGCAUAAUCGACAUUCUAUGCCUAUUCCAUCUUCAGACACACAGAGAUCAACGACUUUUUGUCGGCGAGCUUCAAUGCCUAUACUAUCCAGCAUGAAAUCGACGAACGAGUAUGGUCCAAAGGACAACACUGACGAUAACUCUAACGACAUUACCAAAGCUUACUCAUCCAAUCACCAGAACGACAACCAACCAUCACCAGCGAUAACAUCGCCAUCAAUAAUAUCACCGACAAUGACAUCGCCAUCAAUAGCAUCACCGUCAAUAGAUACCAAUUAUAUUGACCUGAACGUUGACGAUGAGGACGAUGACGACUUUGAAGAAAACGAAACUGUCGAAGAGUUGCUCCAACGUUAUAGUAACAAUGGUGCGCAACGUCCAGGAUCAAUGGUAUCCACCUUUUCGACAAACACAAACGCAAGCACCGAUACCGCUGUCUCAUCGGCAUCAUCAAGUAUGACUGAUACGACACAUGCGAGGCUGAGCACGCAUGCAAUAUACAGUGGGAGAUUGUCUGUACGAUUGAGUAGGAUCAGUGCUACUACACCAGCUCAGAAGAGGCAAAGCAUUGCAUUGGAGAUACUCACGACCGAGAGACAUUAUGUUGAGUGCCUGCAGUUGUUGGAACGGCUAUUCUUGCGACCACUUGUUGAUUCUUUAAAAACAACUUAUCCCAUUCUAAGUGAAAGUUGCAUUAAGGGAAUAUUCUCUAAUCUCAAGGAACUUAUCAACGUAAAUACCGAAUUACUAAGAGAAUUGGAAGAACGUAUUGCUGGAAUAGGAGAAAAGAGAUCAUCAGGGUUGAAUUUAUGGAGCGAAGAAGAUGCUUGUGUCGGGGAUAUAUUCUUGAACUUGGGACCAUUUUUAAAAAUGUAUUCCAUCUAUGUCAAUAAUUUCAAUUCAGCUCUUGCGUUAAUUGAUGAGCAGUUGAAAAGCAAUCCGGCGUUUGCUGCAUUCUUGCGGGACAUUAUUAAAACGGGACAAUGCAAAGGUCUUACCUUUCAGGCCUAUCUCAUCAUGCCUGUACAAAGAAUACCCCGUUACAAACUACUUCUCGAAGAUCUGCUCAAGAAAACCGAAGAGUCGCAUCCCGACUAUUUGAGCCUAAAAAAGGCAUAUCAAGUUAUCGAGCACGUAGCCACUUUUGUCAAUGAAACUAUUCGACAGCAUGAGAUGUUUAUAACCAUGCUUGAAAUACAAAAGACUUUAUCGGGCUUUGAUGAAGCUCUCCUUGUCCCUGGAAGGAGAUUUAUAAAGAGGGGCACUGUCAACAAGGAAUGUCGGCGCCGUCAUCAAGAGCGCGAGUUUUUCUUAUUCUCGGACAUUUUGAUAUAUGCCAGUCCGGCAUUACUGGAUGACAUGUACAACUUUCACCGUAAAUUUGACCUGGAAGAUGUAACGGUAUUACCAGUUGACAAAUCUAAAGGCAACAGUCAAGAAUGCCUUUCAAAUUAUCAGUCCACAGAAGAGCUUUACGGUGUAUACAAGUCCUCAAUUAUAACAGCUUCUCAGAGAGAGAAAGAAUCCUGGAUAGAAGCCAUUCGAGAAGCAAAGGAGGAGUACCUCAGUGCUAAAAGAACACUUAAAAUAGCCGAUAAGAAUGUCCCCAUACAAAGAAAAGACCUGUAUAAGAAACGAGUGGUAGAGAAUUAUAAUGCGCCAGUGUGGGUUCCUGAUUCGGCUACCAACAAGUGCAUGAAUUGCCCGGAAGAAUUUACCAUGUUCAGAAGAAAGCACCAUUGCCGUGCAUGUGGCAAGGUGGUUUGCCAUGCUUGUUCUACUCGGAACUUUAUUAUCCCUGGAACAAGCGAAAGAGAUGAUCAAGUGGUACGUGCAUGCGACCCAUGCUUCUUCACGAUGUUCCCAGAUGCUCUUCAAGACGAAGACCUGGCACCAGGCGUACAAGUCUGGAACCCAGUUAGUCUAUCCAACAGCUCUACUACGAGCGUGAAUGUCGUUCCAGACAAUGCGGCUCACAAAAGAAGUAUCAGCAAUGGUGAUAACUCGAUUGGGUCUAUGUUGAAUCCAUUUAAGACGGUCCAUGAGGCUAUCGUUGCAAGAACAUGUGAACUGUGUAAAAUCGAUUUCAAUGUGUUCAGAUGGAGGAAUACUUGUUUCAAGUUUUGCACAGAUUGUCUCACAAAAAAGCCUAUCGAUCUCACGCUACUUCCUAAAGAAUUUCUUCUGGAAUUUUUGGCUGAACAGCAAAAUUUCUUUGGCAACAGAAGAGACAGCAUAUUUGGUACUGCUGCUAGACUAUGUGAUGUUUGUUUUCUUGGUAUUGAUCCGACACAUGUUGAGGUGAAUGAGUCUGGUGGUGGAUGGACGGUGAGGGGACAACUUUCUCCUCCUUUGACUCCCCCUCCUAUAGAGUUGGAAGAGAAAAAUGAUUGA